UAGUCUUCCCAGUACAAUAGUCUUAUCUUGCCUAAGUGUUAGAUUGUUACUUUAUUUGAGUUGUAAUUUGUUUUUAUUAUUUUUCGACGGCCAAGUACCGGAUCCGUCUAAAUCGUACCACCUCGCCCCAAGGGGUUCGCCUUGGGUUUAAAACCCACCCUACUUGACACACUGCCGAACCUUUCAUAAUUAAUCGUAAAUAGGAUGGAUUUGCCAAAAGAUGACAUGUACACGGACGAGGAGUCGUCUAGCCCGUCUUCUUCAAAUUCACGGUACAACGACUCGGAACAAACUUUUAUGAGGAAUCUAAAAAAUGUUUGGAAUCAGUGCAAGAAAUGCAGCACUGUGCACAGCAUGAUUUUGUCGUAUUUUGAUACAGUGGCAAAUCCGUAUGAACAAGCUUUAUAUUUGGUCAGACUCUCUCCUGACUACAAUCCAUCAAAGACUGUCAGUCUUGCAAACACCAUUAUGGAACAAUUUGCAUUUUGGAUCAAACACAAAGAUGACAACUUCGAUCAUCUGCUUACCAAGCCAGUUAAAAUCGAAGCGUUUCAGGUUGCUUCUAGACAAAGACACAAAGGACUUAGCGGAACUGUGAUAGACAUUUAUAAGUUAAAAGUCGACAAAUUUAUGUUUUUACCAAAACUGAAAGAUAUGCUUCAUAUUCACAUGUAUAAAGAGGUGGCUGAUUGGGCUACUUUACUAGACUUACAGGAUCAAUUUGGAAUCUAUGAAUUUUUGAUACCUUUGUUGUUGCAAGAUAAAUUAACAGUUGUCGAAAAUUUUGUUAAAAAAUCUCCCGAUUGUUAUUUGCCGCUUGUUACAUUUCUAGACAGAGCGCUCGGAGAAAGUAAUAUUUACAAGUACAUAACAAAAAUUGUUGAUGAUUUGAAUAUACCUCACAUCAAAACGAGCGCUCUUGCUAAAUUCACCCAGCCAAAAUCAUUAUGCAAAAUGGUGAAAAGAUUUGCGACGAUGCAUAACAUACCACCAGAAAUGACGCCGAACAUGUCAGUCAUGAAUGCGAUAAAAACGAUCAAUUUUUUGAUUCACAAGAGAUAUGUUGACGGCAAUUUGGGCAAGGAGGGCUUUCGAGAAUUGGUCAUUGACAUGUGCGGUACCAACAGGGAGAUUCACUCAAAUCUAAUUUCGAGGCUAAUGAUGGCUGGGGAUUUAAAGGAAUCGGCUUAUUGGGCAAAAAUAUUGAAUGUACCUUAUGAAGAACUGCCUCAAAAUGUUAAAGAAGCUUACGACGAUACCAGCUCCUGCGAUGAUGUUUGUAUUGAAGAAAACGUAAGUAAUCUCGUGCUUUCGGAUGUCAAUAGUCAAGACGAAGACUUAUUCCACACUUUAUCACUGCCUAUGAGUUCAAUAAUAAUCGUUGACACAGAGCCUAAGUUCAUCCAUUUAAUCGAAUCUGCAGUCGAUGGUGCGACGAUCGUCGGCCUGGACACAGAAUGGAAACCCACAUUGCAAAAUUCAACCUCCGGGCUAUCACUCAUGCAACUUGCUACACAUAAUAAAAUUUAUUUGAUCGAUGUCAUCGCUGUAGGGAAUUACAAUCAUCUCUGGGAAGAGUUUUCUACGAUAUUUCUUUCAAAUCAAAAUAUCAUCAAAAUUGGAUUUUCACUAAGUGCGGACUUCAGUGCAAUGAAGCAACAUUUGCCGAUUGGAAACAUUUCCAUUUCUGGCUCUGGGUUUCUAGAUUUGGCAACCCUUUGGACCCGCCUUGUACGUGAUUACAAUUUUCAAUUUCCCUUCAGUGAGAGUGACAGAUGUUCAAGCUCUUGUUUGAGCCAAUUGGUCGCACAGUGCGUUGGAAAGCCGUUGAAUAAAAUUGAGCAAUUUUCCAAUUGGCAAAUUCGCCCUCUGCGGCCAUCACAAAUCAAUUAUGCAGCAUUGGAUGCUUUCUGUCUAAUUGAAAUAUACACUGUGUUAAACAAGGUCUGUGAUACUUGCAAUAUACCAUUUGAAGAUAUAGUAAAUCAGAUUAUGAAUGAAUCAUGGAAGCGCAACAAAGGAAAGAAAACAAAAGGAUCAAAUCAUAAAAAAUCAAAAGAAAAAUACUACAUUGUAAAUGAAAAUCCUGUUGGGGUCUCCUGGCUAAGAGCGGUAUGUGAUAAUACAUUGUACGGCUUGGCAAAACAACUAAGGAGAUGCGGGAUCGAUUGCAAUUUAGUCCCUUCGCAUACAACUUUCAACCAGUUAGUUAAAAUUGCAAAGGAUGAAGGACGAAUACUUCUCGCCCCUCCAGCUCUUUUCACAAAGGUCAACAGCCAGAUGAAACAAAACACUCUUUUUCAAAUUUGUUCAAAACACAGUGAUAAUCAGUUGAUAGAAGUCCUUAAUCUUUUCAAUAUAGUCGUUCAGAAGGAGGAUCUUCUAAGCCGAUGCCAGGCUUGCAAUGGUUGCGAUAUUUUCACCCUUUCAGCAGACCAAAUAAGGGAGUACAAAGAAACUGAUCACCCUGCUCCUUCACCCUGCGUUGGAGUACCUGCAGGAAUCGAGGAGGAAUAUGAGGACGAUUGGUUAAACGGUGAAGGUUCAUACAAUGGUGAAGACGAAUGUUAUGAGAUGGAAGACAAAAGGUUGAAAACUUCGACCGGUGCUCCUGUCAAUCUGGAAAAAGUGACUGACACUAUAUUGAAUACCGUAACAGAAUAUUUCAUUUGUGACAACUGUGGAUCUUGCUACUGGGAUGGUGGGUAUUUCGAUCGAGUUCUCGGCAACAAUGCAGUUCGCACCAGUUAAGCCGUGCUCAUAUUUUUUUUACACGGUGUUUAAAUAAUUUUACAUUUUUUCUUCUUUUUCCAUGCCGAUUAUACAAACAUUUUUAAACAGGGUCUUCCUGUUUAUGACAUUUGUUUUAAUUAUACUUGUAGCUGGAUCUUCAAAAAAAAAGUAUAUUUGAGCAAAAAUAUCUCGAUGCAUUUUACAUAUAUCUCUUUUUAUUAAUAUGAAAAACUUGAAACUAAAAA